AUGAAAGCCAACACCAGCAGUAACGAGUCGCCCACAGAGACGGCGCCCCCUGGUUCAGCAAGGAGAAGCGAACGAAACAGCGGUAGAGCUGUUUCAUUUUGUGAGGAGGAGGCAGACGAUGGUGAAGCCGUGCUUCCUACGACAUGUACUUCCGUGGAACACCACCAAAAGCAACGGCUUGCUCUGCAACACCGAAGCAGCAGUUUAGUCACCGAGAACUCGUAUCGAAGUCCAGGUCCUUGCACUUGCUUGACAUGGAGUCGACAUCGCAUUCAAGUGGCGGCGCUGGGCUGUUGCAGUGCCUUGAUGGUUGUCACCAUUCGCCUCAUUCUGGAUUUUUCCUCUGGAUCCACAUAUAUUAUUCAUUCCAUCAUCAUCUUGCUGGAUAUGGCACUCAUUCAUCUUUUCACUAACUCACCCUGGCUCAGUUUCGGUGGAGAAUGUGUCACAGUAAUGUGCUUUCUAGGAUACCAUUUCACUCAUGAGACUAUCUUUGAAUUGGUAGAAACCACCUUCAUUGCAGUCCUCUGCAGUUUGCACAUGAUACUGUCCAGAGACAAACACAUGAACCAUGAGGAACAACUUGAAGAAUCACUCAGAGAAUGGCACAAGCUUAGUAUGAGAUCCAAUUUUGGUAGUGCAAGCAGCAGUGUCACAGAGAGCCAGGGAUCUGAUGGACGGGGAUGGAGACCACUUCUAUUGGAAGUGGAUGAAGAACAAGGAAACACCGCCACUGCACAAAAUUCACCAAAGGAAGCAGCAUCAGAAAACCCCGACAUUGGUGGGCUGCCGCAAGACCAAACCCAAAAAGUUGUAUUAGUCAAAGAAGAUGAAAGCAUCCAAAAUCAUCAAGGCAAUUGCAAGGGUGUCAUGUACACAAGCUUUCUAGGCUUGAUCUUGGACGAGCUCAUCAAUUACGGCAUCAACAGGGCAGACGACGACCCAUGCACUUGA